AGCGCCACGGCGCGCGUUUCGUUCCGCUGCUUCGUGCGAUGAGUGAUUGCCGACGCCGCGAAACCCCGCAAAUCGCUGCCGCGAGCCAUCCCGCCGGAAAGGCACGGACAUUGCUCUGUCGCCGGAGAAACGCGGCGCUAUUGAUCUGAAGUCGGCGGACUAUGUCACCGUGCAGAUAGCAACCGCCUACUUUUCUCACGGACUCAGCAAUGGUGGACCUCCUGGGCUCUAAAGACGGUGGCGGGGGCGGCGGCGAGCUGCGGCAGACGCUUCGCUCGCGGCUGCUGUCGGUGCUGGAGGGCAGCAACGACCUGCUGUCCGGCCUGUCGUCGCGCCUCGAGUCGGCGCUCAGCCUCGGCUCCGACGACGCAGACAGCGACGCCGCCAGCCGCGCGCCCACCGAGUCGCUGCUCGGCGCCGGCGCCGCCCCAGACGGCGACGCCGCCCACGGUAGUACAAUACUGUCCCGCAAGCUCCGGCUGCCACAGUUUGGCCCAGGACUUCCGUUCGAAGACUACGCCGCCAUGGCUCGGAAGCGCCAGCAGCGCCAGCAGGCGGAUGAGGCGAGUGGCGGCGCGGGUGGCGGAAGCGGGGGUGGUGGGGGCGGCGCCUCUAGCAGCGACAGCGAGCCCAUCUCCAGGGGCGGCGAGCUGCGUGCCACCGGACCAGACCCUUAUGAGAAGCUCAAGUACUUCACUGAGGCACCAAGCAGUGGUUCAGCAAGUGAUGGUGAUGGCUAUGGACCCAGUACGAGCAUAGAUUCUGACCAUGAUGGCAAAAAGUACUGGAUCAGAUCAGGGUCUGAAGGUUCAGUACAAUCUUGGGCCUCCAGCCUAAGCUAUGAAAGUCAGUCUGAUGAAAUUUUGGCUGAAUCUGUUGAAUUCAUGCGUAAAUUUGUAGCAGACUUAUUCAGAGACAGCUCCUCCAUAUCACUAGAACAGAAAUCUAAAUUUGGACAACUGGCACAGCAUGAAUGUGGAAGAUUGUGGUUUGCAAGGUUCGUUAAUGCACAAAGAGUGUUGAACAAAAGAGUUGACGAAUCAACCUUCUACAGUUUGGUACAAUAUUUUGCCAUUGUACUCUUUGAAUGUGCUGAUGCAGAUGAUUUUUCACCAGCUAAAUCUCUCAUGAAUAUGUGUUUCACAUUUUACUAUGAAGUUGAUGUUCCUGGGUGUGAACCAUACAAAGAAUACUUAUACACAUAUCUGAAAGACCAGCCCAUAUGGCACAGUUUGCGAUUCUGGAAUGCUGCCUUCUUUGAUGCACUACAGUGUGAGCGGGUGCAUCGACCUGUUGUCACUAGAGAUGAAAUUCACCAUAAUUCACUUGAGGCAAUAACAGAUGAGAGACAGUACCAGGAAAACAUAACAUUUGGACAGUUAGGGACAUUCACUUGUAACAUGCAUGCAUUUGGAUUAAGUAAAGAACUAUCUUAUGAAUUUCUAAGGAAACAGUGCAUAAUUGCUAAUCUGCGGGAAGAUCAAGAGAAGAUGUUACGUGACAACAUUGAAAGGAUGUAUAAGGAAACAGAUCCUUGGCGAUAGCAUAAGUAUCAACAUACACAAGUCAGUAAUACGUGACUGCACAAACAUAUCUGCAAGAAUGACUGUAACUAGAUGUGUGUUAAUGGACAACAUUAUCAUCUUAUGAGGAAAGAGAUACAACCUGUCGGAAGGGCCUUACAAUGACUAGGGCUAACUUCAUUUUUGUAGAUAACAAUAAAUUUACAAGUCUGUUCGUAUGUUAGAGGUAAAGAUCAUGAUCGAUCAUCAAAAUAUCAUUAAAAAAAUAAUUUUAUUCAAGGAAAUAGUCAAAUGUAUUUAAAUAAGAUAUAUUCAAAGGAAUGUUCGCAAUAACUGAAGCAAUAUUACAAACAAUAAUAAGACUGAUUCACAAAUAAAGAAGUUUUAUUUUUCCAUUGAAGAAAGUGUUUUACAGAAAAAACAAUAACUUCAAGCAAAAAUACCACAAACUCAUUGACUUUUAAAUUUUAUUACGACUUUUAAAAGCAUUUCUGAAGAUCUCGCUAAUCUGCCACUUCUAUAUAAAUCAUUGUUAUAAGGUAAAACAUUUUUGUACUCUUUAUCACAAAAACAAUACAGUUACACUGAAAGAGUAAGUUAUAUAUAUUAAAAUGACAAUAUUUAAGUGCUCAUUAAAUUCAGAUCAAGUAUAUGUAACUUUUAUUUUCUACGAUCUGCAUUAUCAUCAUGUUAAACAGCAGACUUUAUCAAACAGCAGAACUCAAAUUUUUGUAGUGUUUUACAACAGUAAUAAUGAUAAUAAUAAUAGUAAUAACACAGUCUUCAUUAAAGUAGCUCAUUUCUCUUGCAAACAUUUAAACACAUUUAUGAUCUUGUGAAUUCUCAGAGAACUUUCAUAUUUCAAGUUCAGGUUACUGUAAAGUGGAAUCACUUGCCCUUAGCUAUUUUUUGUAACAAAAAAUAGAAAGAGUAAUUUUAAUAAAAUAUGAAUAAAAUUGGUUUCUUCUGUGAAAUAUCGCAAAGAUAAUGUCAGUAUUUUAUGUAAACUCUCACUGCAUGUGACGUAUUUGUAAAAAUUAUAAAAUAAAGCCCAACUGAACUGUUACUCUGUCCACAAGAGGUUUAACACCUUAUUUUUUUAAAAAAUUUACAAAACAGUGAAGGACGUUUAUUAGUGCAUGAAGUAACUUUAUUUUAAAAUCAUAUAGGACUUAUAGACUUUAAUACUCUUUCAGUUUUUUUAAGUUAAUUGCACUAUAUUCUCAGUAUUUGUAUUUCACUAUCAAAGAUGGUGUGCUGCACAUUAUGCUGUAGCAAAAGGAUUGGACAUAAAUUGGUAUUCGGAAACAUCACCGAUAAAAGGAAAAUAAAGUAGCUCAAGAAUAUUAACUGGUAAAGAGGCAGGUUAAUUUAACCUCUUGACUUGUAAAAUAUCAGAUUGCAGAUACCACUCUCAACUGUAGGGAAAUCAUCUGCUUCCUCUCCUAUACUUGAAGUAACGUCCUCAGUCAAUGCUAUCUUAAAUUUAUGUUAACAUCAAAUUCUUUGUCACUUAAGGUCUACUGUUGUGUCAUGCUGACAUCAUAAUCUGAUCCUUGAUGCUUUUUAGCACUGAAACCCAGCCCUUUUUCUCAACAGGAACUUCAUUCACAGUCAUAUUUAUGAUGAAUGGUUUGCUGUAAUAAAAUUUCUGUACAUUUUAGGCGUUAAUACGCUGAAUAUAACUGAGAUACACUGGAUUCAACUGCACAGGAACUAUUUUUUUUAAUCACAAAAUGAAAGUACCAACAGAGAUUGCUCAUACCAUUAACUUUUUGCAUUAUGUUACAGAGCUAAUUGCGGUAAGAGGAAAGUAAAAUUAGACGUAAUUUAUUAAAACUUGAUGAAACCAGAUUUAUUCUCUAUUUAUCAUGGAUACAUAUGAGUAGAUAAACUUUUUAAAAAGAAGAAAAUAAAAGGUAAAAAGCCACUAGAUGGGUAUUCCCUAUUUGCAACUUAGGGUGUCCCAAAUAUGAAUCAGACAACCUGCUUCAUGAUAGGAAAAGAGGGUGUUUGUAAACUGAAAUUAUGAUAAGGAAUGACAGUUAUGAAACUUCCACAGCAAACAGCAUUUAAAAUUAACCAUUACUUCACUGAAAUUGCAAUGAAAAUAAUAACAGCAUGAUAA